GUGUUGAAUUGAAAAAACAAAAUCUAAUUGCUAUCGAAUCUAAUUUCUUAUUAAAAAUCUAAUAUUCAUAACUGAAGGGGUUCGGCAACAAUAAGUAAAAAUAAUCUACACCAUUUUUUACCAAAAAAUCUAAGCUCAUCUUUUCCGCUUCCUCCCCACAAGCUGAAACCCUAUCUUCCUCAUUGUUGCCAAAUCUCCUUCCUCACCAAAGCCAUGGCCAUCGAACCCUUGCAUUUUGGAUCUAAAAAUCAUGAAUUGUCGAUCUUCAUCAUUUUCUCUUCUUCAUUACUGUUGAACCCCUUCCCGACCAAAGGCCAUGGCCGUUGGACCACUUGCAUGCCAGAUCUAACAAACCACCGUAGCCCCCUUUUUUUUUUUUCUUGAUCAUUGCUUUGCUAUUUUUCUUUUUUUCUAUUCUUUCUUUGCGUUGAUGGUGAUUUCUGGUUGCAGGCAUUGAUAGAAAAAACCAAUUUGAACCCAAGUGAAAUCGGAGACAUUGUUGUGGGUACAGUGUUAGGAUGCUGCCGCUUAGCUUAAAUACUUUGAGUCCAAGGCUUUUGAACAGAAAGCCAGAUGCAUCCAUAGCUAGCAAGGGACACCUAAGCACUGGUCAGUUGUAUGUUGCACUUUCAAGAGUAAAAAGUAAGCAUGGAUUGAAAAUCCUAAGCUUAGAUAUUCAAGGGAAUGUCUCAAAACAAACAACUAAUAUUGUUUUUAAAGAAGCAUUUCAAAGAUUGCAUUAGGUAAAUUACUUUUGUAAUCAUUUUUUUCCACUGCUUUUGAUUCAAUUUUUUUGAAACUUAGUUAUCUUCGCAUUUUCUCUUACUCUACCAUUCUAUAGUCAUAAUUUCUAUUGUUGCCAUCCUAUCUCUUUAUUUUUUUUUUCUUUUAUUUGAUGAACCCGUGCUAUCUCUCUCAUAAUCAAUUGAAACACAUGCUUAGGUUCCAAGUGUUGUUUUCACUUGAGGACCAGUUUUAGCUGUGCUAAUUCUUCUGGAAUCUAAAAGUAAGACUUAUGUUGUUCUUACUCGACAGGUAGACUUAUUUUUUGUGCUUCUCUUGAUUUAACUGGUUUUUGGAGUAAAUGUUUGUUCUUUAUAACUCUUCCAUGUCUUUUUUCCAAGUUUCUUCCAUGUGCAGAUACAUCAGUUUCUUUCUUUAGACUGUUUUUAUUUAUUUAUUUUUAUUUUUCAGGUUUAGAUACAUAGAUUUAAGGUCUGGAUAUAUGUUCAGUCAAAGGAAUAAGGAAACGGGAAGAAAGAGUGGAGGUGGCGGAAGAGAACUUUGGUAAUAAAAAGAUAAGCAUAAUACCUUUUGUCUCUACUAUGGCAGUUGUUGUUGUAGAUAAAAUACUGACUUGUGA